GAUAAUCAUAGUAAAGUCUAGACAAAGUAAGACGGGAAUAGCUGGCAACUUGUUCUUGCCUAGUAUCGGUUUCUCUUCUUAUCAGCUAUACCUUAUUCAUAUUGAACGCUGCCCUCGUCUAAUUCAAGACCAAUAUCAGUAUCAAUAUCAGAAUCAGAACCAAAACAUCCACCGCUUCAUGAAUGCAGCAAGCAGCCUAGAUAACUUGCGGUAAGCAUGCAUUCACACACACACACACAUAUAUACACACACAUUUACCUACAUGUAUAAUAUACCGCAUGUAACCAACCUAACAUGUAUCCAGACACGAUUCAGAAUAACCACCCAACAACCCAAGUCAUCCUUUACCGCAGUGCAUGGGAUUGUGAAGAUGGAAUGGAUGUCUAACAGCUAAUCACCUAUCAUUCCAUCCAGCACUCGCUCACCCACCCAUCCAUCACCUAUCACUUAACCAUAUUUUGCAUGAAAAGUGUCCUAGUCCCUGCCAAAAGAUGCCCUAGUCCCUCCCGCACCUAGUCAGUCGUAUUGUUAUGUGAUUAGUUCACACGCACAACCUUACCCCUCCAAAAAUCCAAUCUAGCCAGUAGUCUCCCGAGGGUCGCCGCAUUUCGCUUUUUUCGCAUAUUCCUAUUAAAGAUUUUUUUGAUUAUUUUUUUUUCCUUUCGAGUUAAUCAAAUUUCUUGCGUGGUAUCUAGGUCCGUAUUAUUAUUGUAUUAUACCCAACCAAAAUACAUACACGUACCAUCUCUAUUUUCCCCUUUCCCUUUUCUUGCUUUCUCUCUUCUCUCUUCUCUCUUCACCAUGUCGACUUCCCCACAAUCCCCAGAGUCAAAUCAACCACUUCCCACCUCCCAUCCUACUGAAGAAAUCCAAGAUGCCCAGAGACGAGAGUCCGAGUCCACCACCCGUUCCACCGAACUCUCCAGCGUCACCUUAAAAUUACGCAAGGCCCUGCGAAACUUCCCCGACUUCCCCAUCCCGGGCAUCGAUUUCGUCGAUAUCCUGCCGCUCUUCGCCAACCACGAUCUUCACGAAUCUUUGAUCCGCGCUCUCGAACUGCAAGUCUUGUUGGUGAAUGGGGGAAAGAAACCAGAUGUGGUAGUGGGCUUGGAUGCUAGAGGAUUCUUGUUUGGCCCCUCGCUGGCUUUGAGAUUGGGUGCAGGAUUUGCUCCCGUCAGAAAGAGAGGAAAGUUGCCGGGUCCAACGGAGGAGGCAAGCUUCGAGAAGGAGUAUGGUCAGGAUUAUUUCCAAAUUCAGAAAGAUGCUAUCAAGCCAGGACAAUCAGUUCUGGUUGUAGAUGAUAUCAUUGCUACUGGAGGAAGUGCCCAAGCUGCCGGAAAACUCGUCCAACAACUCGGGGGACAUUGUAUGGGAUAUUUAUUUAUUUUGGAAUUGGAUUUCUUGCAUGGACGUGACAAACUUUCUGCUCCAGUCGCAACAUUAUUACGCGAUUAAAUACUCCAUCCGGGGAAUGGGAAUCAAAAGUCACAAAACAUGUUGUUGGGCGUUGGUUGAGGGGACCAGGUAAAUUCAUCACAUAGACGGCAUUGCAUUUAUACAUGAUGAGGGAGAGCAGGAAAGGUUAACCAGAGGGAGGAAAUGGUUUCAUGACGAGAGGGAGGACUUUUGCAUCAGAGUGCCGGAUAUCUUGAUCUUGGGUUGGAUAUACUCAUUCAGCGGAGAGGGUCCAGCGAUGAGGUUUAAGGAUAUUUGUUGACUUGGGAUCAAAUAAUAUAUUGAUGUCAAUUUGGAUAAUAUUUUGGAUUUUGGGAUGGAUGGAUGGAUGGAUGGGGACAGAACAGAACAGAAAUAUAGCAGAAUCCAGCGCGAAACUCAUUCAUUCAAUCCAAGUUAUCUAUCUAUCUAUCUAUGCCACCUUGCUAUGCAACAUCAUACAUAUCGUCUAUGAGUAUCUAUCAUUCUCUGCAUUCACAUAUCCACAUAUCCACAUAACAUCAACGCAUACCUAUGAAUCAAAGUGCCAUCGCCAUCGCCAUUGCCAUUACCGUUACCUCUCCCUCUUUACGUUCUUAUUCUUUCCCUUUCCUCUGGCCCCGUCAUUUCUUCUCUCCCACCCAGCAUAUGUCCACAGUCUCGCAGCAUAGUCCCACCCCUCGAAAAAUGCAGUCUCUCUCGUACAACCCACAACCAGCAUCAACACACAUCAACACACAUCACAACACCACACAACACAUAACACAAGUUACAACUCACUCAUCCUGUCCCAUCCCAUCCCUUCUCCAUCUCCCCA